CAGGUCUAUUUUAUCUUGACGAGCUCUAUGUACAAGUUUAUAAAAUAAUCAAUGAUUUGAAACAUAAACUCUUGAUGUGCCGGUUUCUGUCAUCACACGUUUUGACUUGUACCCUUUACAGACUUUAAAACCGUUUUAAAGGCGACACAUCACGGGGUGACUUGGGUGUUUUGAGUAUGAAUUGCCCUAGACGAUGUUUUUGAUAAUUUAAAGAGAUAUAUCUGUGGAAGAAACUACACCCAAGAUGUUAACUUGAUCAAAAACAUACAUUUUUUACAAAGGAUUUAAAGACCUGGGUUCUCUUCACCUUAAACGGGCCCUCGGAUUUUAUCACGUCCAUGGUUUAAAAUGCAAAAUCAUUUGAGCUGCGAUUAAUUGAUCGAUACAAUCCGACACUGUGAACGUUACUAAUGAAUGAGAGAAACACGCCGAAGAAAACCAACAGAAACCGUGGGGUAGGGCCGUGAUGGAGGAUCCCCGAGACUCCGAUCCUCUGAUGUGUGGGCUGUGCCAGAAGCGAUACAACGAUCCCCGGAUAUUGGACUGUUUUCAUACAUACUGUUUCGAAUGCUUGGAGAAACACGUACACAGCGGUCAUUCUAAGGCCACCUUUCCGUGUCCGUUGUGUCAGCUGGAAAUCACUAUUCCAAAAACAGGACUCAAGGGACUCAAACAGAAUUACUAUGUCAGGGCCAUACAAGCAAGCGCCGCUUUCUCUACCAACAGUAAGUGUGACGCGUGUAAAGAGAACGAACAACCGGCACAUUCACGGUGUUUGGAAUGUAGCAGCAAUUUCUGCAAGCCUUGCAUUUCCCGCCAUAUCAAGGCCAAUGAGUCACGUGACCAUCAUGUGAUAGAGCUACCAUCCUCGGAUUCAAAAAGCUUUACAAAACUCUCUCACAGGUCUUUCUGUGAGAAACACAACGAAGAGACAGUUUAUUAUUGCAUCCUCUGCGAAACCCCGAUUUGUAAGGACUGCGUCACAAAAGUGUCCGAACACAAGGGCCAUCGAUACAAGAACAUCGUGGAGGGGGCGAAGGAGAAGAGGAAUAAAGUCAAACCUAUGAUUCAGAGUAUGCACGAGUACCUGCCUUGCCUACAGGACUACCUCCACGAACUAUACUCGACUAAAAAACUUCUGGGUGACUACACUGAACAAACCGUUAAUGAGAUCAAAAGUCGGUACAAGUUCCUCCAGGAAGAACUUCAGAAAAUCUGCAAUACUCUUGUGGAAGGCGUAGAAGGUAAAUUAAAGAAUGAAUUCAACCGAAUAGAAACUCAUACAAAAAGCAUUGAGAAAACACUUCGCUCUGUUUCCACCAUUACCAAGUCAGCAGAGGAGGCAAUUAAUCUAGGGAGCGACAGCGAGGUCGUUUUGAUGUGCCAGAGACUACAAAACAGAUUCAAGCACGCCGACAAAGAGAUUCCGCAGAUCGGUUUACAACCAGCUGUCAGCAGCAAUUUCCACGUCGGUGAACCCCAUGGCGCUAACCUGGAGGAGAUGUUUGGGACCUGUGACACCUCUGACAUCCAGCUACCGAUGUUGCCGAUCCCCUGGGGUCUAAAAAUAGCUUUGAAUUUCGACGUCCAGCUCAUGUAUAGUUUCAAGGUUGCGAACAACAUAGACACUGUCCAUGCUAUCGCACCACUUUCUGAAAAAGAAGCCUGGAUAUGCAACGGAUGGGGGAACCAAGAAAUGCACCUCUACUCUAGAGAGGGAGAGAAACUCAGGACCCUCAAACUGGACAUUCAGAUUGACGACAUCAUUACUAAGCCAAAUGGCGACAUCUUGGUGUCUAGUUACGAUGACAAGAAAAUUAUACGGCUGGACGGCGAUCUUAACCAGACCGACUUUGUGAAGCUGGACCUGUAUCCGGGCGGAAUGACGUACACCAAGAAGAACGAGCUGCUGGUCUGUGCGGUAGACAGUUACGUCACCACCAGGAACUCCAGAUCCAGACGAAUGAUCAUAAGGAUCAGCGAGGCGGGAAGAAUCAUUGACAUGAUCGAAGACGAUGGAUUCAGCGCCAUCUUUACAGCGCCUUAUCGUCUGCACGAAAACAUGUUGGGAGAUAUCGUGGUGUCCGAUCGAGAAGAAGCGGAAGUUCACACGACAACCAUUACUUUGGACGGAUUCGUUAAGAAUAAAUACAUUGGACAGAGAGACUACAGAAUGAAGAAGCCGUUUAAUCCAUUUGGAAUCGUUUCCGACAAACAAGGCCACGUGCUGGUGGCGGACUGGAGCAAUCAUGCGAUUCAUUUACUGGAUCUAAGCGGGCAGUUCAUUGGGUUUCUCAUCACAGAGAAUUAUGGGAUACGGGGACCGAAUGCCGUGGCGUUAGAUAAGGAAGGACAUCUAUGGAUAGGCGACACAAAAUCAACUGUGUGGAUAUUUAAAUACUCCAGACGGGUGGAAAAUAACACGUGACCGCAUACUCAGUAGUUAAUAGUCGGAUCUACUUUGUACAAAUAACACGUGACCGCAUACUCAGUAGUUAAUAGUCGGAUCUACUUUGUACAUUGCAUAUAUUCCUUUAGUAAUAGUUGUAUUUUUAUAUUUGCCCUAUUAUUGUAUUAAUUCUAGCCAUGUUCGAUAUACACCGUAUGUAUUUCAUAAGUUAUUCAUUAUCAAUAAAAUCAAUUAGCGAUUGAAACUGCA